AAGCCUGCCGAGCCGAGCCGAGCCCCCUCCCGAGCCGGCUCUUCCGGCCUUUUGCCGCUACUUGUGUCUUGUGUGGAAGGUUUUUUGGCUAGGGUGGGGUUGUUCCCAAACCGCGUUCCUCCGGCCAGUUAGAAUGUAAGAUCAAUUGCACCGUGCAUGUUUAGAGCGGUGCGUUUGCACUCUUGUUUGAACUCAGUUUUAGACUCUAAACUCUGCCCUGGCUUGACGUCGCCUCUGUCCAGGCUGGAAGCAGAGGUUGCAGGAAGAUGGGGCAGGAUUCUGGGUGCCCAGCUCCCUAAGGGAUCCUAAGAGAUGACUCAGGUCAAGUUCUGUGCAACUUUUCUGGCAUCCUCGCGUCUCAAAAGGGUGUUUUCAAUCCAAGUCCGUUUUUGCAAACUCCAGUCUUCAGAUACUGCAAUUAAAAAUGAGUGUAUCUAUUUUUAAAAAUUGAAGUUUCCUUCAUUGAAAGAGAAGGCAGAUGGAUGCUGGUGAGUAUCCCAUGGCUGCAAUUCCUUCAUUUCAUUGGUUCAGCCUGCACUGCAACUUGGAAACCACCGUUAGUGAUUUUAUAGAUCAGUCCUGCUUCUGGGAUUCUACUUUACGUUGUGGUUAAGAAAUGUUUCGCAUCACUCAGACCGAAUCACAAGACAAAUAUACUUACACUAUAAAUAAAUAUUUCAGUAGAUUUGCAGAAUGAAGAGGAACAAUUUCUCUGCUGUGAAUAAAGCUGUCCCGACUUCGCCAGUAGUGAAGCAGCCCAAGCGCGGGCUCUGCACGUCUCUCACGCAGACUCACAUGCUCUCUGUUCUCCUGGACUGGGGGACGUUACCUCACCACGUGAUAUUACACAUUUUCCAGUAUCUCCCGUUAAUAGACCGAGCCCGGGCAUCUUCCGUGUGUAGGAGGUGGAAUGAAGUGUUUCACAUCCCUGAUCUUUGGAGAAAGUUUGAGUUUGAGCUGAACCAGUCAGCCACCUCCUAUUUCAAGUCCACGCACCCUGACCUCAUCCAGCAGAUCAUCAAGAAGCACGCUGCACAUCUGCAGUACGUCAGCUUUAAGGUUGAUAGUAGUGCUGAGUCAGCAGAGGCUGCCUGCGAUAUCCUCUCUCAGCUGGUAAACUGUUCUAUCCAGACCUUGGGACUGAUUUCCACAGCCAAACCGAGUUUUAUGAAUGUGCCAAAGUCUCAUUUUGUGUCAGCACUUACAGUUGUGUUUGUCAACUCAAAAUCAUUAUCAUCAAUUAAAAUUGAAGAUACGCCAGUGGACGAUCCCUCACUGAAGAUUCUUGUGGCCAACAAUAGUGACACUCUGCGACUCCUAAAAAUGAGUAGCUGUCCUCAUGUUUCAUCUGAUGGAAUCCUGUGUGUGGCAGACCACUGCCAGGGCCUCCGAGAACUGGCAUUAAAUUACUACAUUCUGAGUGAUGAGCUUCUCCUUGCGCUGUCAAGCGAGACUCACGUGAACCUCGAACAUCUGCGAAUAGACAUUGUCAGUGAGAAUCCUGGACAGAUCAAGUUUCACUCUAUUAAAAAGCACAGUUGGGACGCGCUGAUUAAGCACUCUCCGGGAGUUAACGUUGUCAUGUACUUCUUUCUGUAUGAGGAGGAGUUUGAGGCAUUCUUCAAAGAAGAAACCCCGGUCACUCACCUCUACUUCGGGCGUUCAGUAAGCAGAACCAUUCUAGGCCGUAUAGGUCUCAACUGCCCGCGGCUGAUUGAGUUAGUGGUGUGUGCAAAUGGCCUUCAGCCCCUGGACAGUGAGCUUAUCCGCAUUGCUGAACACUGUAAAAACCUGACAGCCUUGGGCCUGAGCGAGUGUGAGGUCAGCUGCAGUGCGUUCAUUGAGUUUGUGAGACUCUGUGGCAGAAGGCUCACCCAGCUGUCUAUCAUGGAGGAGGUCCUGGUCCCUGAUGACAAUUACACCCCAGACGAAGUUCAUGCUGAAGUCUCUAAGCACCUGGGAAGAGUGUGGUUCCCCGAUGUGAUGCCUGUCUGGUAACCAGCUACCAAAGGUUCUGAGCUUUCUGUUAGUGAUUAGCGAUUGUCUGCUCUGCAAAUGUAAAUUUGGAGAUGAACUGCUGAACAUCUUAGGUUAAAUAUUUGCUUUUGCCAACUAUCUUAGUUGAUUGCUGCAGAAUCAUUUAAAAACAAUAUAACAGAGCUGGGCGUUGGUGGCGCACGCCUUUAAUCCCAGCACUUGUGAGGCGGAGGCAGUCGGAUCUCUGUGAGUUCGAGGCCGGCCUGGUCUACAGAGUGAGUUCCAGGACAGCCUCCAAAACAAGACAGAGAAACCCUGUCUCAAAAACCAAUAUAUAUAAAAUUUGAAUAGUCAGAAAUCUUUGUCUAUAGCACACAAACACUGUGUGUUAAUUAUAUGGUUGAUAGGGUAGACUAUAGAUGUCUAAGAUUGAGAUAGAUUUCUCAACCUUCUUUGGAGGCAUAUUUUAGCUUACUAAGAAAUUUAUAUUAAAUUUAUAAUUAACAUGUAAUUAUAAUUAACAGUAUUAGACCCUUUAAGUUAUGUAUUUUUAUGUUACAACCUCAUGUUAUUUUAAUUUCAUUUUGGUACCAAUACAGGUUUUACAAAAUACAUACUGUUAAAAAAAAUUAAGGUACCAUUAUAGAAGUGUGUAUCAUUGUACUCACAAGAUUUUUAGCAUCUUGUGUUUCAGUAAACAACUUUGAUUUCUA